UUUCUUUCUUUCUUUUUUUUUUUGUAUGUAGCUGUUUGUUUAUUCAUUUGUUCUUAAGGAUCCUUUUUUAGUUUUAUAAAAUGGGUUGGUGACUAUCCCCCGUUUUCCCUUCAAUCAAAUUAGAAAAAAAUAGCAGCUUGGCUAACUGACUGAAUUAUGUUCGAUUGUGAUCCAAUUUUUUCUUUUUUAAGUUUUCUUUUGCCAAUUCUAUUCAAUAUAUGUUUAAUAUGGGUCGCCCAGUACUAGAUGAAUUGAGGGAGAAUAUGGAUUGUGUGACCAAUUUUUUUUGUGACCAAUUUAUUUUUAUUUUUAUAUUUUUUAAAUUGUUAGAAGAUUUUAGCAGAUCCUGUAAGGAAUAAUCAUAUGUAAUAUAACUUUAUUAUCUUCCCAUGUUGCUUGUUAAACUUGAUCAUAUUAGCAUGUGUAACCAAUGUUAGUCCAUUUACUUUAGCAGAAAUGGCGUCUCCGGACCAUGAUGAGGAUAUUGCUGAAGGGGAUUUUUUGGAUGAAAGUGAUAUAAUAAAUGAGUAUGAUGUUGAUGAAGAAGAGCUUCCAGACGCAGAUGAGGAAGGUGGCUCUGAUGGAGAAGACGAUUCUGACGGGGUUGAUGAUUCAACACAUAUAUUCACUGGUCAUACAGGUGAACUGUAUGCUGCUGCAUGUAGUCCAACAGAUGCUGCUUUAGUGGCAACUGGAGGUGGAGAUGAUAAAGGAUUUUUGUGGAAGAUUAAUCAAGGAGACUGGGCUUUUGAGUUGCAAGGUCACGUGGAGACUGUAUCCAGUUUAUGCUUCAGUGCGGAUGGACAAUUGCUUGCUUCCGGAAGCUUGGAUGGAAUUGUUAAAGUGUGGGACAUAGCCAGAGGCGAACUGAAGUGUACCCUUGAUGGUCCUAGCGGAGGAAUUGAGUGGGUCCGUUGGCAUCCAAAAGGGCAUUUAGUCUUGGCCGGUUCAGAGGAUUCCUCUAUUUGGAUGUGGAAUGCUGACAGAGCUGCUUAUCUGAAUGUUUUCAACGGUCAUGGGGGCAGUGUCUCAUGUGGCGAUUUUACACCUGAUGGUAAAACAAUUUGUAGUGGUUCUGAUGAUGCAACUUUGAGAAUUUGGAACCCAAAAACCGCAGAAAUUAUCCAUGUUGUUAGAGGUCAUCCUUAUCAUACUGAAGGGCUCACAUGCUUGACUAUAAACUCCGACUCUACCCUUGUGCUUAGUGGUUCGAGUGAUGGCUCUGUUCAUGUUGUCAAUAUAUCAAGUGGAAGGGUGGUUGUCAUUUCUUUGAGCGCCCAUUCAGAUUCAGUCGAGUGUGCUGCAUUUGAACCAAGUGCUCGACAAGAUAGUUGGAGGGCAGCUACAGGUGGCAUGGAUAAGAAGCUCGUCAUCUGGGAUCAGCAUUCUUCACCUCGUUGCAUAUGCGAACAUGAGGAAGGAGUCACCUGUUUGGUGUGGCUUGCUGGCUGUAGAUAUAUAGCCACUGGCUGUCUUGGCGGGAAAGUACGAUUGUGGGACAGUCUCUCAGGAGAUUGUGUCAAAACAUUCAGAGGGCAUUCGGAUGCCAUUCAGUCUAUAGCUUUGUCUUCGAGUGGCGAUUUUCUAGUAUCGGUUUCGAUUGAUGGUACUGCUCGGGUGUUUGAGAUAGCUGAGUUCAAGUGAGAAGAAAAACGAGCAGCUCUUGAUUACAUUUGUGUUGCUAGUAGUUUUGUAGAUGGCGUGCUUUCUGUUUCUUUUUUCCUUUUUUUUUUUUUUUGGAA